GGGCUCGUCGCUCUGCGGCUCGUCGCUCUGCUGCUCUCUGCGGUGCGCGGCGCCGUUGUCGAUUUUGAAGUCGACGCGGGCGCCGUGCCCGACGACGACAGCAACGCGACGGUGUGGAAGAAUGGGGCUGCCAUGAACGCCACCCUGGCGGCCCUCAGACCAGGCGACACGCUCCUGCUCCCAAACAAGACGUUCUACCUCAUGGGCGGCAUUCAGGCCCGCGGCCUCGACUCCGUCACCCUGCGGUUUGACGGCACCGUGGUCUUCUCGGACGACAUCGACGGUUGGCCCCGGUCUGGGAGCGGCAUUGGUGCUCCGGCUCUCAUGUGCAUGUAUUUUGCAGACGUGAAAAACCUCACGAUCUGGGGCGAGAAGUGGUGGGGCAUCCCCGGCAUAGGAGGGGAGCUCCGGGGCGGGUGCACCACUUGUGCUCCCCAUCCCGUGCGCACCGAGAACCGCCCACGUCUGCUGGAGAUACACGGGGGCACGGACAUCUUGGUCGAGAACGUCUUCCUGAAGAACAGCCCUUACUGGUCCUUCUGGGCCCACGGCGUCGACGGCCUCGAAAUCCGCAACUCGCACGUCGACGCGCGACGGGACAGGUACGAUGGCCACCACAUCUCGAGGAGUGUCGAAAAGCUUGGGCCCGUGGGGACGUCCUUCGGGCUCUGCGGGGCUACGUUCGGGCUGCCUGACGACACUUUCUGCGUCAAGGACGACAGCGAGAACAUCCUCAUAGAGCGUGUGAACGCGAGUGGCAUUGGCCUCACCAUCGGAUCCAUUGCGUCGAACGUGCGAAACGUCACCUUCCGCGACGCUUACAUGCACCAUUCUGGUAAGGGGAUAUAUGUGAAGUUCCGGGGUAAUGGGCGCAUCGAGGACGUAACCUACGAGAACAUCGUUAUGGACGCGCCGGAGCGUUGGGCCAUUUGGAUCGGCCCGGCCCAGCAAUCAGAUUCACGAGACAUCUGCGCUGCACACCCCUGCAGCUUGUGCUGGCCACUUUUCAAGCCCUGGGCCAAGUGCAAUGCCCCGGACCAGGCCUCCUUCAUCAACGUGACCUUGCGCAACAUUACGAUCAGGAACCCGAAGAUGUCGCCCGGCGUAAUCCUGGCCAGCGCGUCGUCGCCAAUGCAGAACAUUACAUUCGAUAAUGUCGUGGUGGAGAACGCGCCCAACAAGCCCUUCGAUGGCUAUUUUUGUGAGGGCGUCCAGUCGGGCUUGGCAACUGGCACGACCUCUCCG